UUUCUGAUGAAAAUUAAAAACCCUUUCUUAAUCAGCAAACACAUAAAUCUAAGAACUUGAAUGCAUUCAUUUUUAUAAUCUAGGACCAUAGAUACUGGAUGUUAACUUGAGUUCCUCAAAAGAACAGCUUAUAAUUCUGUUCUAACAAAAGACAUCGCUAGUAAAACCUCACUUCAUCAAACCAGACCUCAUACAACAAAACAUCUGAAAGUUCUUCUCAUAUCACAAAUCAAAAUGGCGAUCACUCGAAAUCAAAGAGCAACUAGAACACCCGGAACAGAUCUGUCCAACUCUCAGGGAAACUUUGUUGCUUCUGCUGAUGAUGAUGGAACUAAUGAGAUCGGUCGUAGACAUCCUCAAUUCUUCCAGAUAAUACAUAAUGCCAUAAUUCAAGAUGGAAAUUUGAUUAUCCCGCCAAGGUUCGUCGCGAAACAUGGGGCUGAUUUAUCUCACCAUGUAACCCUCAGAGUUCCAGAUGGUCUAACCUGGGAUGUUCAGUUGAAGAGAGAUUCAAAUGGUGGCAAUGGUGCUGUUAGCUUUCAGAUUGGUCGGCUAGACCAAUUUUUUGAGUACUACUCUAUACGCGCUGGACAUCUUUUGCUGUUCAAGUACCAUGGAAAUUCUCAGUUCCUUGUUAUAAUAUUGGACAUAAGUGCUUGUGAAAUAAAGUAUCCUGCUGAUGAUGAUGAUGAUGAUAGUAGUGAUGACCACCGAGGAUCCUCUGAAAUCAAGAGCAGUGAAGAAGAAGAAGAAGAUUAUUACGUUCAUGCUUCUACUGAUGAAGAUGAAUCAUCUGCAUCGUUGUUGUCAUCAUCAUCAGAGGAAGAAGCAGUCGCAGUUGUUGAGAAGAAGAAGAAGAAGAAACAUACUCAUUUGAAGAGUAAAGCCGAGGAUAGUGCAAUGAGAGGUAUGCGACAAAGAGCAACUCUUAUCGGUGAUGAGUUCCAGUCUGAAAAUCCUUUUUUCACACUUGCUCUCCAACCAGCUUACAUCAAACGCAAAUACUUGCAAAUACCAACUUCAUUCAAUGAUAUGCACAUGUUUACCCCCGGAAAAAAAAUCAGAGCUCAGGUUAAAGAUGGAAGUGAAGAUUUUUGGUUUCUCGGGUUCCCCAGGGAGCGAAAGCCCGAUGAGCGAAGGUUAACAGUUGGAGUUGCACCACUUCUAAAAGAUAACCAUCUGAAUGCAGGAGAUGUUAUACUGGUAGAGUUAAUGAAGGAGAUGAAGUCCAGUUAUCUUGAUGCUAAAGUUCAUAUCUUUCGUGCUAAUCGUGACUGAAAAGUGAAAACUAUGUUAUCAAUGAAGAGUACUUGAGCUACCUUGAUUUCUGUUAAGUUUAGAUUUUUAAGUAGUUAUCAGUGUGCACAACAGACUUUUCUAACUAAUUGGUGCACAAGUUAAUUGAUCUUUACUUGUAUUAUCACGGUUUUUCGAUUUUGAGAACUCGUA